GAUUCUAAAGAACAUGAAAUUGAACAGUGUUUCUAUCAAGGAUUUAUAAGGAACUACAGCUCUUCUUCGGUUGCCCUAUCUACAUGCAUAGGCUUGAUGCACCUAAGCCACCAGUAGAGGAAACAUUCAUUCUUUCCGAUGAAUAUGGAAGUUCGACAAGGUUCAAAAGAUCUCCCGUUAAAAGCCAGAAAGGUGGCUCUUUGAAUGUAGAAACUCUGGUUGUGGCCGACAAGAAAAUGCUGGAGAAACACAGCAAGGAGAAUGUUACAACCUACAUCUUAACAGUGAUGAACAUGGUAUCGAGUCUUUUCAAGGAUGGUACGAUUGGAAGUGACAUUAAUAUUGUGAUUGUGAGCCUUCUUCUUUUGGAGCAGGAACCUGGUGGACUGGUGAUCAACCAUCAUGCAGACCAAUCAUUAAACAGCUUUUGUCAAUGGCAAUCAGCUUUAGUUGGAAAGAACGGGAAACGUCAUGAUCAUGCCAUCUUGCUCACUGGAUUUGAUAUAUGCUCCUGGAAGAAUGAGCCAUGUGACACUUUAGGUUUUGCUCCAAUCAGUGGAAUGUGCAGCAAAUACCGCAGUUGUACCAUCAAUGAAGACACUGGGCUUGGUCUGGCAUUUACUGUUGCUCAUGAAUCUGGACACAACUUGGGCAUGAUUCAUGAUGGAGAAGGAAAUCCCUGCAGGAAAGCUGAAGGUAACAUCAUGUCUCCCACUCUCACGGGAAAUAAUGGUGUUUUUUCGUGGUCAGUUUGCAGUCGACAGUAUCUUAACAAAUUUCUCAGUACUUCUCAAGCAGCUUGUCUGAUAGAUGAACCAAAACAGGCCGGACAAUACAAAUAUCCCGAUAAACUCCCAGGACAGAUCUAUGAUGCUGAUACACAAUGCAAAUGGCAGUUUGGAGCAAAAGCAAAACUCUGCAACCUGAGUUUUGUGAAGGAUAUAUGUAAAUCAUUAUGGUGCCAUAAAAUAGGCCAUCGAUGUGAGACAAAAUUUAUGCCAGCUGCAGAAGGAACCCCUUGUGGGAUAAACAUGUGGUGCCGACGAGGUCAAUGUGUACGAUAUGGAGACUAUGGUCCUAAACCUAUUAAUGGCCAGUGGUCCACGUGGUCCAAGUGGACGGAUUGUUCAAGGACUUGUGGGGGUGGAGUUACAUACCAAGAGAGACACUGCAACAAUCCAAAGCCUCAGCAUGGGGGUAAAUUCUGUCAGGGUUCAAGUCGCAUUUAUCAGCUUUGCAAUACUCAUCCCUGCCCAUCUGGCGGUCCCAACUUCCGUGCCCAGCAGUGUGCCGAAUAUAACAGCAAACCUUUCCGUGGGUGGUACUACAAAUGGAAACCUUACACCAAAGUAGAAGAGAAAGAUCUCUGCAAGCUGUACUGCACAGCAGAAGACUUUGAUUUUUUCUUUGCAAUGUCUAAUCAAGUGAAAGACGGAACCCCCUGCUCCUCAAACAACCAUGACGUUUGCAUUGAUGGGAUCUGUGAGCAAGUCGGGUGUGACCAUCAGCUCGGCUCUAACACUACAUUGGAUGCUUGUGGCAUAUGCAAAGGAGAUAAUUCUACAUGCACCUUCUUUUCAGGCCAUUAUUUGAUACAGCAUAAAAUGAAUGAUUAUUACCCUAUUGUUACAAUUCCAGCAGGCGCUUAUAGCAUUGAAGUCCAAGAAUUGCAGAUGUCUGGUAGCUACCUUGCAGUGCGUAACUUAAAUAAGAGGUAUUACUUAACAAAGGACUGGACUAUUGACUGGCCUGGAAAAUUCUACUUUGCUGGAACAAUAUUUGAAUAUCAGCGCUCUUUUAACCAUCCAGAGAGACUCACUGCAUCUGGGCCAACAAAUGAGACCCUUGUCUUUGAAAUCCUGUUACAAGGAAAAAACCCAGGAAUUGCUUGGCAGUACACCUUCUCGAAGCUGGUCAACAAGAAUAAAAUAUUCACAAAAAGACACAGCUACAUGUGGGUGACAGUGCAGUCUGAGUGUUCAGUCACAUGUGGUGGGGGACACUUGAUAGCGAAAGCUGUAUGUUUACAAGAUCAUCAAACCCGAGUCAAUUCCUCCUUCUGUGGCCCAAAGACCAAACCUUUAAUGGAGACAAAAAUAUGUAAUGGAAAUCCUUGCCCAGCCUACUGGUCAGCAGGAGAGUGGAGUGCUUGCAGCAGGUCCUGUGGUGGAGGACAACAAAGUCGUCAGAUCCAGUGUGUCCAGAAAAGGGCUUUUCAGAAGGAACACAUUGUGCCUCAUACACUUUGCCCAGUUACAACUCCAGCACAGAUACAAACAUGUAAUACUCAAGAGUGUCUGCCGGAAUGGAGUCCUGGACCAUGGUCUCAGUGUUCCAAAACAUGUGGAAGAGGUGUUAUAAAACGUGACGUUUUCUGCAAAAGUGCAGGACCCUCCACACUGAAAAUCCUGCCAGAGAAUAUGUGCAACAGCAGAACAAAACCAGAAGUACAGCAGAUGUGUGUUUUGGGACGGUGUCCCAAAAAUGAUCGGCUUCAGUGGGUAAUUUCUUCAUGGAGUGAGUGUUCAGUUACCUGUGGCCCAGGUCUAAGGAGGCGAGAGAUGCAAUGCAGUGAGAAAAGCAUCAGCGGCAAAUUGAUCACUUUCCCACCCCGGCGUUGCCGAAAUCUCAAGAAGCCGCACAUAGAACUGGAAGAGGUGUGCAACCGAGGAGCAUGUCCCCUGCACCAUUUGUACAGUAGAGUGUCUGGAUGGUAUUCUUCACCUUGGCAACAGUGCUCAGUGACCUGUGGUGGUGGAGUACAAAUACGGGUGGUGCAGUGUCUUUACCAGGGCCAGAUAGCUACAGGUUGUCUUCCUCAUCAACAGCCUGCCAUGUCCAGAGCCUGCAAUACUAACUUCUGCCUUGUUCCAGAAAAGAAAGAUGAUCCUUCUUGUGUGGAUUUCUUUGCUUGGUGCCACCUUGUCCCCCAACACGGUGUCUGUAACCACAAGUUUUACGGCAAACAAUGCUGCAAAUCAUGCACGUGGAAGAACUGAUUUAAAUGGUCGGAGUCUGACUUUUUGGUGCCAUCGAGUCUUCCUCUCUGCAGAUGCUGAGAUGUUUUGUGAAGCUUCUGGACCUGAAUGUCACCGAGAUUGCCAGUGAAAGUGUUUUGGGUGUUACAGAGCAGUAUCUGCUCUGGUAAAAUUGGUGCUGAAUCAGACAUACAGGAAAUCUGCACUGUUACCAAACAACUAGGGUGUUGUUGAACAUUAGUAGAUUAGGUGCUUUCUGUAUUUUCUGUUGUCCUUGGUUGAAAGAGAGAAGAAAACCAACUGCAUUGUUGAUGGCCAAAGCCAGUCUCCAAAAUGAGCUGGCAUGUUUGGCAUGGUGCUCUUAACCAUCAGAAUUAUGACAGUGCCAUAACGAACUGUUGGAACUGUUGAUGCUGGUUCUCUGAAAGAAGGAGAAGAUGAUCAAGAUAAAUUCCAUUAGUGGCUAUGGAGACAAUGCAUUGUGCUCCCUAACAAAGGAUUGAUGUUAUCCACAAUAAUCAAAUAUGCUGCAAUAUCUAAAUCAGUGGUCCCCAAGAACAAAAAUAUGGUCCGCGGCCUCACCAUUACUACACUGUUGCCUCGAAACCACGUGGCAACAAGAGCAACUGGUCUUGCAAAACCCUCUUAUACUGCCAAGACUACAGAGAUGUCGGGAGAGGAGAGGCUGACUACCCACAAAAGAUUACUACUACCAUAUCAGCUCUAGAUUAUUAAAUAUAGUUUUCUGUGGGUGAACAGAUGGUGACUACUGGAUGACAUAUGUUUUGUAUCAGAAACUAGAGCUGAUGUAGUCUACUCAAUACAAUUUUCUGAAUCGGCACCCCAAAUCACCAAACUGAAUCUAAAGUUUACCCUUUUGGUACUAACGUUGGAAAGUGGUCCCUGGUCAAAGUAGUCCUUGGUCAAGGGGUCCCUGAUCAAAAAAAAAUUGGGAACCACUGAUCUAAA